GUUAUUUUUAUUAUAAAGAGUGUUAUAAUGGCCGGUUCAAUAGCAGACAACGCGGAUUUAUACAACAAGACUUUUAAAUAUGUACCGCCGACACCACCCGCAUAUCUCAUCGAUUCCACCAGCUAUACUAUACACUUCAACACCCGCAAGUUCGUGCACAUCGGUAUUGACCCAGCAAACAAGUUCAAUGUCUCCAUUCAUGUAAUAACAUCAUCCCGGUAUGUUAAUAUUACGCCAGAGUUUUUACGGAGCGUAUUUUCACUGAUGGGUCACAUAUUGUCGUUUAUAUUAGACCAGACUGCGAAAUAUAAACGAAUCGUAUUUCUAGAAACCGAUAUUUUUAAAUUAUCAAGCAUGGUCUAUUGUGGAGAAAAUGUGUUGGUAAUGGAAUCUAAAACUCAAGACGGCUGCAGAGUACUUUUAAAUCGCGGAGAUCUACUAGAUCUACAGAAUUUAGAAUGGCCGAUUUUUGAGACAGUCGCACGAAAGUCUACAAUCAUGCGACCUAUUAUUUUAAAACAAUUAAAAAUGUUUGUUAAUUAUAUCGAUCAGAAAUUGACUACAGUGAAAUCACCGCCGAGAGCGGAUGAAAUGAACAGGUUUAUAUCAAAUCUCCAAAACCAGCAUAUUAUCUCAACUUUACCUAAACGCGAUCUCAAUUUCAUAAGUCAGCUCAAAUUAUACGCAAUACCACAAUUAACGGAACAUUUGGUGCAAAGGCAGAAUGGAGAAAUGAUACCAAUGGUAAUUUAA